AUGUUUAAAGAUAAUAACACACUAGGUUUUAAUCAAGUUAAGUUAGAAAAUAAAGUUAAUAAUAAUAUUUUAGAAGAAUAUGAGUCAGAAUCAGUCUACGAAGAAGUCGUAGAUGAUAGAAAAUACAUUACUAAAACAGAAGGUAAUGUUGAUAGAACCAGGUCUGUGAUAAGAGACAAGGGUAAGAGUAAACUUCAAGAAUUGUCCAUCAUUCUGGUAAAUAUAAGGAAUAAGGAAAACAAAGCUUUAAUAGAUUCCGGAGCACAAAGUAAUUUCAUUACCCCAGAAUUGGUAGUACAAUUGAUUAAGAUCAUGAGAGAAGAAAACAAAUGGAGUAGAGUGGAAGCUAUAGCAAGAGAAACAAGUUAUUCCUUACAAGACCCUAUACGGGAAGGAAGGCAUCUACAAAAAUUCAAUACUUCCUUGAUGAAAUAA